AUGACCUGCCAGAUCAUCUGCGUAGUGGACGCGCUAGAUGAAUGUAACCCAGAACAACUCCACAUUCUGGUAAAGCUUCUACGACGACUCCUGCCACCGCAUGAUGAGUUGAAGCCUGACAGACAACCGUCUGUAAAAUUCCUACUCACAACAAGAGGCUACCUAAAGAUUUUGGACCUAUUCUGGGAUUCCGACAUGAGUUGUGUCCAUCUUUCGGGGAACUCGAGGAAUGAGAAAGAUCAAAUACAAAACGAAAUUAAAUUCGUCAUUGACCAUCGUCUAAGAACAUUGGCAAAGAAACGCCGUGUGUCUGAGGAACGCCAGUUGGCCAUUCGCGAGGCACUCGAGGAUGUCGACGCACAACAGCGCACAUAUCUGUGGAUUGGUUUAGUCUUCCAAGUGCUUGAGAAGAACUUCGACGACAGACCUCAAGCGCGGAGAAGCCUCAACAAGGAGACAACAUCUACAGUGUUUUACGCAUACGACAAACUGCUGCAAUAG